AUGGCGACGCCGUCGCAGCAAGAUCAGACCACGCCUAGCUCGCACGCUAACGGACACAUUCGCGAUAAUGAGAUGACAGACUCAGUCAAUGGCAGUCCCCCCGAACAUCUGCAGCAGCAGCAGCAGCAGGAGCAGGAAGAGGCCAGGAGCAAUAAGCAAGGCUCAAACAAAUACAAGCACACCUUUGCCGUGCACGCGACCAGCCGCCCCUCAUGCCUCAGCUCCGACACCUCCACCCUCCCCUCCUUCUUCGGCUUCCGCAACCUCGUAGGCGUCGUCCUCGUAGCCUCAAAUCUCCGGCUCAUGAUCGAGAACUUCAAGAAAUACGGUCUCCUCGUCACUCUCUCCGGUUCACGUAUCGAUCCGGAUGACUGGCGGAACUUCUGGAUACUAUACCUCCUCACACCUGUCUUCCUCUUGAUCGCGUACCUUAUCGAGGCAGCAGCAGUACGGUACGCGAAGAAUAAAGUAGGGGAGAGGAAAAGAGCAGAGGAGAAACAUGAUGUUCAAGCUGCCGAGAAGCAGAAAAAGUAUCUAUUCUCUACGUGGAGGGUGAUAGCUUUCGCGCAUGGGUUCAAUGCUACCGUUAUGCUGGUUAUAUCGACGUAUGUGGUAUACUACCACGUCCACAACCCCGGUCUAGCAGCAUUCGCGGAGCUACAUGCAGUUAUCGUGUGGUUGAAGGUCUGCUCCUAUGCGUUCACAAACAGGGACAUGAGGCACGCCUACGUUAACGCUGAGCCUGACGUCACAGCAGUCCUGCCUGCAUUAUACAAGAACUGCGCAUACCCGAACAACAUCACACUGAAGAAUCUGAGCUACUUCUGGUGGGCACCGACAUUGGUCUACCAGCCAGUAUACCCGAUGACAGACCGCAGGCGCUGGGACUUCAUCGCCAAACGCUUCUGCGAGUUCUUCAUCCUCUCCAUCGUCAUCUGGCUAGCUUGCGCUCAGUACGCCGUCCCUCUUCUUGAGAAUAGUCUAGAUGUCAUCUCCGAUCUUAAUCUGAUCGGGAUUCUGGAGCGUGUCCUUAAGCUAAGCACCAUCAGCCUCGUCUGCUGGCUCGCAGGCCUCUUCGCACUAUUCCAAAGCUUUCUCAAUCUGCUCGCUGAGAUCCUUCGGUUUGGGGACAGGGAGUUCUAUGGCGAUUGGUGGAACAGUUCAGAUCUGCGCAGCUACUGGACCAGCUGGAAUAAACCUGUCACGCAUUUCAUGAAGAGACAUAUCUAUGCACCGAUGGUCGGGAGAGGAGUGCCGCCGGUUGUGGCGCAGAUUAUUACUUUCUUGUUCAGUGGGAUGCUGCAUGAAUUACUCGUGGGCGUGCCUACGCACAAUAUCCUCGGCGUCGCGUUUCUAGGCAUGGUCGUCCAGAUCCCGUUGAUUUGGUUGACCGAUCCACUUGGGAAGAUGACGAGUUCGAAUGGGAAGCUGGCCGGCAACCUCAUAUUCUGGAUGACGUUCUGCUUCCUUGGCCAGCCGUUCGCAGCCAUCAUAUAUUUCUUCGCAUGGCAGGCGAAGUUUGGUAGUAAUAACAGACCAGAAUGGCCACUGGGUCUGGGCGAUGUCAAGAUAUAG